GCCUAUGCUUGCCAUAUAAGCAAGCCCCUCCAUUAGUAUAAGCUCUAUGAUUGGAUCUGAUGCUUUUAGUACAGAGUACACUAUAAACUUUGAUAGCCAACAGUAAUCAAAAAGCUGGACGUGAUACUGGUUUCGUUGCUCAACACUCGAUUAUCAGGUAUUGCUUACACUAGAGUCUGGUUGAGUGAUUAGACAGAACAGAAAUAACUUGUUACGGCGAGCACAAGUUCAUUUUAGUGUCGUUAGCAGUUAUCAUCCGAACUUCCAGCCGUUGAUUCGGCGGGUAUCAAGUGCAGUGUGUAUCAUCAUUGGACACGCAACAUAUAUACGUAUAUCGAAUAAUAGAGAAAGUUGGUCGAGCGAAAUCAAACUCUCGUUAAAAUUAAAGUAUUGUAUUUUAGGAAAAAAAGGAAAAAGAAAUUAUUUAGGAAAAAGAGAAAAGCUAUCUGACAGUGUAAGAUGAAGGAACAUCAGACCAUAGUUUUUGUAUUUAAUGUUGCAAUUGUCUUGUUGUUGGUCUUCAACAGUGCUCACAGCGAUUCUCGUCGAUCGUAUGAGGAACCCCGCUCUGCUCCAUCAGGAAGUUGGAAGUGGCCUCUAAAUCAAAACAAUGCAAUGGGAGAAACCAGAUCUUUGACGAAGAUGAACACAGCUAAAAAUGGUAACAUCGCAUUUCUUGAUGAUCAUACCGCACCGAUACAACCGAGGGUGGGAUCAGUAAUACCUUCUUGCAAAGGGCAAAGCUACUGUGAAGAUGUUCCAAAUUAUCCUACGAAUUUGGUGAAAGAUAUCAUUGCCAAAAAUCCACAUCUUGUAAAUUAUACUUCUGUUGACAUGAUAGAUAUGCUCAAACCCAGGCUAGGAGAAGAUUCUAUUGAGACAGAAUCGUUCUGUGCAUCAUCUGAGCAUGUCGUCCUUCCGAAAACGGCGGAAAAUAUGAACAACGAGUGGAAGUAUAUUCUUAACAACGAAGAAUUGAAACAGGGAGUACGUAUAGAAAAAUGCAUUAAUGAAGGCCAACGCUGCAGCAUAAAAUAUGGCAUACCAAUGGGUUACGAAACCACAUGUAAACAAAAGUUCGUUUAUAAUCAACUCCUAGGCCUAGAGGACGAUGGUUCGGUUGCCUACCAGCAUUUUCGGUUUCCAUCUAGUUGCUGUUGUCACGUCAAAUUCAUCGGCACUUCGAUACGGAUUGGUGGAAAACCAAAUUCGAGCCUCACAACCCCCACGGAAUAACCCGUCACAUGGCGAUGGAUCUAAAUAUAAAUAAGCGACAUAGAAGAAGGAAAUUCCUUAGUUCAGAGUAGUUAAUUCCUCAGUUCUGUGUGAUUAGUUCGUCAGUUCUUGGUGAUUAAUUCCUUGGUUCUUUGCGAUCAGUUCCCCAAUUCUUGGCAAGUAAUUUCUUUGUUCAUAGCGAUUAGUUCUCAAUUCCUUUAGCUCUUAAUUUCUCAGUUCCUUUGCCUUUCAAUUCUUUAGUUCCUUAGUUUUUCAGCUCUUAGUUCCUUUAGCUCUUAGUUUUUUGCUCUUAGUUCUUAAGUUCUGUAGUCCUUUAGUUCUUUAGCUUUUAGUUCUUUGUUUCAUUAGUUCCCAGUUCUUGUCAGUUUUGUUAAUCGACGUAUUUGUAUUUGUCAAUUUGUAAAUUGUUGAAAAUCAAUUAAAUUAAAAUCUUGUAAUUAAUAAGAGUGAAAACGUAUCGCGAACGAUUGUAACUUCGAGUAUUCGAAAUCUCAACGACAAUUCUGUCAAUACCCAAUUAGAAUUAGAAUAAACAUUUGUUGUGGAGAAUAUUUGUCUAAUAAUAUAAUAGAAUUAAGCGAACAUUCAUUUUCACCAACUUUGAUUCUCUCCCGUGCCAGUACUCCUGCGCGUAGCAGGUUAGCCGAAACGUGGGGUUUAAUUGCCAAUCGCAUUAAACAUCAGACAACGCAUUUAAUCUAAAUUCAAAAAUUAACGGCAACACAACCAAAACGAAUCAAACAAAAACGUAACAAAUAAAUAAACCCUUUUAAAACAUCAAAUUUCAUUACAUUUUGUAUUCAAUUUUUCCAAAACUGGAAUAAGAAUAUACAUAGUUAAACUCUUAUAAGUCUACUUUUUUCGCUUAUGGGUGAAGCAAUUAUAAUUAAUUGUAUUUUUCACUUUGAUGCAAAAUUUACGAAUUAAUAACUGUUAUAAAGAGAUAGUAUAGUAGCAACGCAAUGUAUACUAAAUACUAAUAAUAGCAACUAAUAAAACACAGUAGCACAGUAUCAUGCAGAUAAAAGAAUUUUGUGAAAUAUUCACAAGAUGCGGGUCACUUUUGAUUUCGACAAUUUUUUGAUAUAUUGUCAAGGUUAUCACUGGGAAUAGUGUUGUAAAAGUUUUAGUUAAGAGUCGCCUUUUUUUAAAAUGUUAUUAUCAAAACAGGUUUAUAAUACAAUUACUGUUAAUUGAUGUAGGUUUGGGGUUGAUAAUUAAUCGAUUCACACAGAUUCGAUUUUUCUCUCUAUAUUUCUCCGCCUUGCACAACACGUCUUAACACUCAGGAUAACUUAGUUUAGAUUAAUUUAGUUAGAUUAACUUAGUCUAUUAACACGUGGUCGACUUCUAAGACAAAAGAGCGUCGUUAGAAGUCGUUCUAACUUAGCUUGCAGUAACUAGCGAUCAUGCCAACUUAUCUUUUCUCAACACUCCCCUUUGAUCGUAGUGUCUACAAGCCCCAUAGCUUUGGUAAAAUAUUGAGUCUUAAUUCUAUUUAACAGUAAGGAAAUUCACACAGUUUCCCUUGCUGCUUCUUGCAUCGCUACAAACUCCGCUCCGCAUGUCGAUUAAGCUAUAAUUGGGUAUUUCUUGGAUAACCAAGAUAUUGCACCACCAGCAAGUAUGAAGACAUACCCGCUCCUAGAUUUCCUAUCUACCGUACAGCCCGCAAAGUCUGAACAAAACACCUUCAAAGGUUGUCCUGUCCUUUGGUACACUAGCUUCAAGUUUUUGGU